GGCUCAGGCUGCGGCCCUGCGCCCCCCCCAAAGUGGUUCGUGGCGCGCGCCCGCGGGCGCGCUUUGAGUCCCUGAGGGUGGUGGAGGCGCUGAGGCGGCGAGGGCGCCGCAGCCGCGCCCCAGGCGCCCAGGGAGGGGGGGUCGAGUCAGGCUCUGACUGAGCCCGCUGGGCGUGACAGGCCCCCGCUGGGUCACUCCUCGGUCGCAUGGAUGGCGCCCAGCGGCUGCUCGCCGCUACGAGAGGCGAGAUCGAGGCCAUCACGGCGCUGCAGAAGGAGUUCCAGCGCCAGGUGGAGGCGCUGCUCGAGGAGCACCGCGCUCGCAUCCGGGCGCUCAUGAGGACCAGGGCGCACCAGGAGAUCGAGGAGCGCUGCCUGGCGGCGCAGCUGCGGCUCGACGACCUGGAGCUCCCGGACCCGCAGGCCCGGCGGGGGGAGCG